AUGAAGAGAGAAAACGGGUUGCUCGACGCCAACGAGGCAGACGUUGGACGGUUCCCAAUUUGGGAUAGCCCACACUAUCUUUUGAUACCGGGACUCGGACUGCAAGUGUGGUUCAAUCAUUAUCAUCACCAUCAUCAGACGAAAUUCAAGUCACCGAAUGUCCUGGGGAGUGACCCCAGCGGCCCAGAAUGGGGGUUCGACUACAGUAUAGGCACUCUGAAACCUGGCCCACUUACUACGAAUCAUAUUUCGAUAAUUUUAUGGCCCGAAGCGUCUUUACCCUAUUGGCACGUUGUCAAGGACGCAUGUUUCAUGAAACUUAUCAAAAAUAUUGCGAAGCUACGUACUGCACAAGUUCAACACUGGCUAGCUAAUAAUAUCCAUCAAUAUGUCAUACCAAUGUUACACGACUUAAACGUCUCCGGGCAUAUUGCAAAGGGAAAUCAUGGCCGGGAAUUUGUGAAAAAAACCAUAAGAAAAUCCUCCAUGCCAUUUCGUCUGGCCCCUUGCAUCUACAUCAUUUUUCUAGGACGCUCAACUAGUGAUUUCGAUGUAAGGCUAGUCAUCGAGCCGAUCCAAAUCAGUGGACCGUUGAGCGCUGCAUUAUUCGGUUGUCUUUCCUGUCAGUCCUACGUGUAUUUUACAGGAUUCACGAACGACCACCUCAUCCUGAAAGCAGCUCAAUUCAUGAAAGAGCAUGCGUAUGUCUCGGGCAAUCAUCACUACGGUUAA